GCGAGGCCACGGCAGCAACAACGGCACAACGGCUGCGUGGGCCGGGCGCGCGGUCCGCGCGAGCUGAGCGGCGGGCCCGGAUGAGGAAGUGAUGUUGACCGGAGAAGGGGGGCGGCGCGGGGCGGCACGGCACGGCACGGCGGUGCGAGGAGCGGUGGCCGGCGGCCGCUGCCGCUGAGGUAAGGGGAACGAUCCGCUGCCACCGUCGGGUCCGGCGUGAGCCCGCCUCUUCCGCCCGCCGGUUGGGAGUGGGUAGCGUCGGCCCCGGGUAAACUGUGAACAGCUCAGGACAACCAAUCUUCAGCUGCCCUGAUGCUAUCAUCUGGGGUGGAAUCUCUCCUUGAUUCUUCUGUGUCUGCUGUAAUAGAGGAAUUGUACACUGGACUGCCAGAGAGCAUCUCCACUGAACUUAUGGCUGUAUCGGAGCCUAAUGUUGGAUUAGAUGCAAAAUCUGAGGUAUCGACGCCUGUGCUGGCACGCAGUGACAGCCUGUCAGCUGGGCAUCAUAGGACUUCUGGAGUAGAAAACUUUUGCCUGAAGACAGAGGAUUUGGGUGAUAUGCUCAAGGUGAUUUCUCAUGGGCCAGCAGAAUCCCUUACUGAAGAAUUACUAAAGGCUGGAGACCUUGAAGAGGAUGAAGAAAACAAAAAAAGAAACUUUAGGAAACUAGACUGUUCUAGUGAUGGAUACCAGAAAGAAGACAAAGAGGCACAAGACGCUGAGGAGUAUCACACUGAAUGCUGUGCUUUAAGACCUGGGGAAAGUUGUUCAAAACAAGAGGACCCUCACUUAAACCAGGAUGAGGUGAAGUCUUCGAGAACCUGUUGCACUGAAAUAGUGGGAUCUCUGAAGAACACAGGCGAAAACCAAGCAAAUGUUCAGGUGACAGCUGAAACUCUGCCAAAGCUCACUGAAGAAGUACAAGGUAUGAAGGCUGAUGGGACUAGGAUAUUUAGUAAAGCAGGAUACAGGAAUGACAGAGUGAGUAAAGGUCUUCCACCUGAGCGCAAUGAAUGCCCAGACAUAGACACAGUCAUGGCCAGAGCUGGGGUUUCUGGAAACAGCACGUUAGUUUUUUUAGAGCCUUUAAAAGUCACGGACGUUGAAUCAGCCACAGAGCAUCCACAAGAAAAAAAUGAAUAUAAUGGGUUGAAAGCCCAUACUGCCAUGCCAUUGAGAACAGGGGGUAAUGUUGUAUCUAAUUUGGAGACUAGAGAAGAAAAGUUACCCAGAAAAAAUCCUGUUAAUGAAUUCAGUACAUCACUUGCUAAUUGCCAGACUUACCAGCAGGAUGAAGAAAACAAUGCUCAUGACUUCUGUACUGGUCCUGUACCUAAACAUAAUGAAUCUCAUAGGUUGUCAUCAGUAGAAAGCUGUAGAACACUCUCCACAAAAAGUUCUGAAGUUGUAUGUUCAGUUCUGAAAAGCACCGGUUAUCUGGACUUCAGAAAUACACCACUAGAAAACAAUAGUACUGCAGUCCAUGGAAUUAUCAAUGAAACCCCCCAAAAGUAUCUUCCCCAAAACAUCGAAAGUCAGACUCAUUAUGAUCGUGGAACUGGGUUUGUAGAAAAUCAAACCUCCACGUCUGUACCAGUAGAGCAGAUUUCAGUGGUAAGGAGCAAAGGAUUGUCUAGUGCUAAAAUUGAUCACAGGGAAGUAAGUGCUAGUAUCGGUAAAUCAUACAGCUCUGAAUUUGAAGAAGCUGCUGAAGUGUGCACAAAAAUUGCUGUGGGACAUAACGUUGAAGUUCGUAGCUGGCCUGAAGCUCAAGAAAGUGCUAAUUCUGAGCAUUGUCAUUCUUCAGUUUUUAGUUCUGUUGCUUCAUCUCCUGAGGAGUUCUCAAAAGAAAAAUUUAAAAUGGUCCCAUCAGAAGGUGUGAAAAAGGACGAGGGGCAAUUCUCUGUCAGUGACGUAUGCAAGGGUGAUACAAAAGAAAAUAGUCUAUUGAUGGAAACGAGCAACAUUGCUUCCCGUGAAAUUGGACAGGCAGACAUAUGCUUUUAUAAUACCUCCAGUAAAAUUUCUCCUCCCAGUAGCCACAGCUGUCUGGAUCUUGGUACCAAGCUAGAAAAAGAUUCACCUGAGGCACAACUGCUUGAAAAGGAAUCUGAAAGUAAUACAACAUCAGAAGAGUUGGCUGGCAGUUUAGUUGAAGCUACAGAAGUUAAUAGUAAUGACAGUUUGACCACUGGCAAAGAAACUAAUUUGAUUUAUACGCUAAAUGUAACUCUACCUCCUGUUGCACAAAAAUCAAGAGAACCUUAUCGUAAUGAGUGUCCUCCUUGUACUGCUGAUGAAGUUUCAAGCAGGGACAAGGCUCAGGAUAAUCUAUCUGGAAAAGAGUCAGUUGGCGCUUCUGGAACAACAGGGGAACAAGUCACUGAAAUUGUGCUUCAUAAAGACAAAUUUAAGUCCUCAGUAAGUUCCAGGACUUUUGAUAACCCUAAUAUGACAAGCAAAAUUUCCCAAAAGAACAUGAAGUCUUCAGAGGGAAAUAUAGAGACUGUGGUCACUGGUUUAGAAAAUGAACAUAAUGACACAUGGAAUUGUAAUAAUCAGAGUAUAGAAGACCAGUGUACAGCUGCCAGUACUUCCUGUAUUUUAUCAGGGAGUACACGUGUAGAUGAUGUUCUCCCAAACAGUCAUUCUUUUAAUGUUGAGGUUGAUAAGAAGAUCGAAGAAACUGAUAAUUUGGAAAGAGAAGCUUCAGCUGGAUAUAAUAGUAAAAAGGCAAUCAUCUUUCCAGAAGCACACUUCCCUUUGGCAUGUGGAUCUCUUCCUUGUGAAGAUGACUGGGGCAACAGAGGUAUAGAUCUGCAUGGGAUAAAUGACAUUUCCACAGCAAAAACCAUGUUUUGCUCAGCUUAUACUGCAGAGAAGUCUCUUGCUACCUUGGUAAGAGAUGAGAUUUCAAAUAAGAGUAUGGAGGUUGUGAAACAAUUUGAUCUUUGUAAAGUAACAGAUGGCAGUGAAAUUGUUUGUGACAGAGAUGAGGCAAAAGAACAAAUCGGCGUGUGUGCUCUCCAGACCGAUGAAUUUGAUAAAAUAAGAACUGUGGAUUCUACAAAGGCUCCUGAAGGCAAUCAGAGAAAUAAGACUAGUGAACAGCUACUAGUCAGAUACUUGAACAAAAAAACCUGUGUUCAUAAUUUUGGAUUUUGCAACUCUCCAUUAGGCCCAAAGAAGAGAGAACUAGGCACAUAUGAGAAGAAAGAAGUGUCAUCACUCACAGCUAAUCCCUCUGAGUGUAGUGCUUCAACCUGUGAUACAUGUCCAUUACUCAAAAACAUGAAUAUUCAAACACAACAUGCUAGCCAAACAGAAAAGACCCUUCGUCCAAUGGAAAAUCAGUGUCUUGCAUGUCAGAGUGAGUUUGAUGGCCGAGUUCCAGGCAGCAAGCAACAUUUAGAAAGCUUAAACAACCAACCAAACACUGGCUUACAAACUACGGCUACUUUUGUGGAAGAAACCAAAAUAUCAAUUGGCACUAGUCAAAGUGAAGAGAUACUAUUAAAAACAAGUGACAACCUGCCUCCUUUAGUUCAUAAAUAUGCAAGAGAAGACAAUUUUCAAGGAACUCUAAAAGAGAAUGUAGUGGAUUUGGACUCUUUAAAUGGUGUGAGAAAUGAAGACUGUUCAGGAUAUGUGGGCUUCAUCAGUGAUCUAAUUGAAGAGAAGACAAUCAAACUAAAAGAACACAAGAAAGAAUGUGAAAGAGAAGAUAAAGGAACUCUUGAAGAAAGCUUUUCUGAUAGCAAAUCACAUUACUCACAGCAUGCUUGCUUUAUCAAAUGUGCAAAAGAGAAAGCAGAGCUAGUAUUAGCAGGUAACAAAAUGCAGCAAUCUUUGCCAAAGAUGAAGUGGUUGGUGGAGAACCAGGAAAAUACAGUUAGUGCCCAAUUUUCGCUCUUCUCAUCAAUUCAUGGGAGUCUGUCAUAUAAGCCAGAAAAUAUGAAUGUACUUUCAGAGACAGAAAACAAAAAAAGUCUGAGAAUAAAAUCUAUCUUAAAUAACCCUUGCCCACAGUUAACAUUUGAGUCUGGUAAAGAAAUUGAUGCUCAAAAGGGUCCAUCCGAUUUCGGAAAAUUUGACAUCCAAGAAUCUUUUAAUGAGACUCAGGCGGAUUCAGAAACACCAUCAGCUCUGGACUUGGGAAUCUCUCUGCCUGAGAAAGAAAAGCUGUGUAUGUCAUCUGAGAACACACUAAUAGAUAAUUGUGAUUCACCUUCAGCUGAAGUUUUUAGCAAAGAUUCUUCCAUGACAAAACCUCUUUCUGUAACAACAUUUGUUAAGAGAAAAGCCAGCAAUACUAAGAUUCCAUCUUCAGAGAAUGAAACGGCAACUAGCUUUCGGAACGGUGCAAAAAGCUCAGGCAUUUGUGCACACAGCAAAGAAAGUCUGAGAGAUGAGGGGCAUAGCAUGCUAACUGUAAAAGACAUGGAUGUGACCUCACCAGAAAGUACUCACUGUGGAGAGAAGUUUAUGAAUACAUGUGUAGAAGAGAAGAUGGGAAGAGAAGUAGUCCUUAGAAAAAAGUUGCCCAUAGAUUCUUUUUUUGAUGGAGAAGAUUCUCUAUGGGCCUUGUUAAAAGAUUCAAAAGAGUCUGGCAGCAAAAUAGUCCCUCUCAGUACUGAGAGUUAUGGAAAGGUUUUGGAAGAAAUCCUAAGAUCUAACGUAAGUAAUCUUUCAAAAGAAAGAAAAAAUGAUACAAAGCUCACAAACUUAGCAGGUACCAGUCUCCUUUCAGAAACUAUGCGUGAUUGUCAAGCUGAAGAUGCGUCUGAUGCAGAAACUUCACCAGAAUUGCAAUAUAAUACAGCACCCGCAUUUUAUCCACAUAUGGGUAUACUAUCAAACAGUUGCAAAGAAUCAUCCCCAAACUGUGUGGUUUGCAGUGGAGUAAGUGUGCCUUACAAAUUAAAUGCACAGAGCAAAGGUAAUGUAAAGGAGAUUACAGAAGGCCAGGACGCUAUACCAACUCAUUCAGUUUGCAAGGAGAAGGAGGCUUUAGGUUCAGAGAGACUUGAUCAAAUAGAAAAAUGUCAGGUACUUAAACGAAAGAAGAAAUAUGAAAAGGUGGAAGCACAUCUGUCAGACAAGGCACAACAAGAACAGAAGUCAGAAUACCAAAAGAAAGCAAAAAUCACACUGCAACCAAGUAUGUUGCACAGUUCUGAACUCUUGUGCAGCUCUUCAGAUCAGCUGGUGACAUCAAGAAACACGAAGUUUGAAGGUCCUCCAGAGGAGAUCUUUGCUGUCAGAAGCAGUGAAAAUAAACUAUGUAGCACUUUACAAGAAGUCAAAAGGCCAAAGAUUACCACAGAUAUUAUUAGUUCACAGUUUUUGAAGACUCAGGAUUCAGAAAUGGAAAACCUGAACCUUAAUUUAGGGUAUGAUGGAAUCCCUGGUGCCUUUGGAACUACAAAUAAACUAAGAGGACCUCUUCCAUUAAAAAGACAGCCUGCAAGGAUGUGCAAAAAAGUUCCCACAUCAUAUCAGCCAAAAACUGUAAGAAAAAGCAAAAAAAUUAAAAGUUCACCUUUUUUUGAAAUUCCCCCGGAAAUAUUCCCUAAACAGGAAAACACACUUCUCAAAUCUUUGUACUUUCCAUGUAAACCACCGACAAUGGAAACUGAAACAGCCAUGAGAUCUGUGCAUAUGCCAAGGCAGAGGGCCAAGAGGUGCAGUUUGUUGAACAGCUUGAAAUUUAGAAAAUGUACCAAAGAACGAGCAUUGUUAAGCAAGCUGACUGCAAUGGCUAGCAAGCUCCUGGCACCUACCAGAAGCAUCCCUAACCUAGACCCUCUGCCAUAUUCUUCUGAAAUUCUUCCAGUGGGUGAGAGGCACAGCCAACGUACAUCUAAAAAUCUAUUGGAAGCCUUUUCUUGCAUUAACAGGAACUUACACUCACGCUGGGCUGACAGUUGGUGCACCAAGAUGUUCAGCUUUCAGCCUUUGGCACUUUAUCCUGUAGAAUCUACCAAAAUACUUUUUUCAGACUUGAGCCACAAGCCUCCAACCUCUUUCUUGGAUACCCCAGUUUUCCCAAUUUCUUUUCACAUAAAAUUGGACUCCAGUCAUGUGGCAGACCUCACAGGGAUUACAUCCCAGCACUCUGUACAUCACAGAUCAGUUUUGGGAGAAAUGCCAGCACCACCUUCAAACUGGACUUUUUCUUUUCUCCUGUCUCAGAGCUGUUCAGAUACAACAGCUUUCAAGGAAGAUUCCAGUCUAAAUAAUGAGCUGCAUUCCUCUCUCUCUGUAACAACCCCAAGGGCUGUUGCCCUUCAUCCUGACCGUGGAAGAAAUGCCGUAGCUGAAAGAAGAGGAAGUUCCUCCAUGCUUGGCCUUCACACAGUGUUAGCACUUUCUUCCCCUGGAUGUUACAGGAUUUGGACAAGAAGAAGAAACUUAACCAGUCAUAUUCCUACCAUCCAGAGACUAUUUAUAUCGCAAUUCGCACAGGGUUUGAAAGGGGCAAGGUAUCCAACUUCUGUAUCAGAUGACCUCGUCUCUUCAUUGCCAUACUCAUUGGGCAGGGUACUAUCCAUAUGGAGUCAGCAUGGUCCUUCUGCCUGUCCCUCCGAAAUCACUCCUCUCCAUUCCAAUCACUGCAAGUGGCAGCCAAGUGUGGGCAUCGAGAACAGCUAUGCCAUGUUACCGCACUUACCUGUACAGAGUAUGGAAGCACUACAGGCUGCAGGUCAUGAGAUAUGCCUGGAAACUUCAUUCCCUCUUCCGUUACCAAAGUCUUGCUCACUUCCAGAAUCAUCACCAUCUCCCCCCAGGCUUUCAGCCUCUGAGCUCCAGGUCCGUGCCCUUGAUGAAGCUGAUGCUUCCGUUCCAGCCUGUCUUAGACCCCAGGAUGACACAGAACUGAAAAAAACUGAGCCAGAAAAGAGGCCAAAGAAAGUCUCACAAAUCCGAAUCAGGAAAACUGUUCCUAAGCCAGACCCUAACCUUACUCCAAUGGGACUCCCCAAACCAAAAAGGCUUAAGAAGAAAGAAUUUAGUUUAGAAGAAAUUUACACAAACAAGAACUAUAAGUCCCCUCCUCCAGCCAGGAGCUUGGAAACAAUCUUUGAAGAGCCCAAGGAGAAAAAUGGACGCUUGAUCUCUGUCAGCCAGCAGAAGAGAAAGCGGAUUCUAGAGUUUCAGGACUUUACUCUUCCCCGGAAAAGGAAGACACGAGGCAAAAUCAAAGCAGUGGGUAGUUUCACCCGAGCAAAAAAAGCUGCACUACAGAGUGCAGAGUUAGAUGCUCUUCUGAGUCAGAAGCUAAUGGAUCUUGAAGCCUUUUUUGCAAAGGAGGCUGAGCAGGAGCAGGCCUCUAGCAUCUGAGGGAGCCAUUUAGCUGAAAAUGGUCCAAUCAGCUCCUUUAGUAUUUUAGUCCUGUUGGGAGAAAUCUACUGACUUCAUACAUUACUCUACCACUCUGUUGUAAUCUCUGAUGAUCAGUUUUUGGCUGUGGCCCUCUUUAAGGUGCUAUUUUUUUUUUUUUUUUAAAUGCUAUUGGAGGGAUUCUUCUAGGUCCCUGUUUGAGUGUAACACAGCCACAUACAAUUUACCAUUCCUUCCCCAACCUCUGGAAAUUAUUGCUAAUGUUUAAUUAUGCUUAGACACCUUUUGGGGGUAGAGUAGGAGUGUAAAGGAGGAAGUAGUGCACCUUCAGUGAUGCUAGAACUCUGUACUCCAGAUCAUUUGCACAUUUGAGUCUGCUGUUGUUACUGUAAUGGCUAUUUUGAACAACCUGACAGAAGAGAUAUGGUGUUUGAUAAAGAUGAAUUCUAGCAAACACAUUCUUGAUAUACCACUAACUUUUUAAUAAUUAAAAGUAGCUGUCUGGGUUUGCUUUCAUUUGUUCCUUCCUUCUGUUUACUUAGAAGGUUCCUUCUGAGUUUCUGUGCCCUUCCUGGCUUCAGGCAGCAGAAGCCCCACAUAACUAGACUUUAAAUAACUUGCACUUUGUAUACAUUUCUUUAUUUGCUGCAUGAGGACACCUUUUAACAUGACUGAGCUCAAAAAAAGGUAAUAUUUUAAGAAAAAAUUGUGCCCAGUACUAAUUUUUCCCAAAUAGUAGAGUUUUUACCUACUUGGCUGACGCCAACCUCUUCUCCAGCGGAAAAGGUAAUUAGCCCAUGAGGAUGUUAAGCUGUAGGAUACGUAAGUAGAGGUUUUUAUUUAACUGAGCUGAGCUGCUGCAUGCAGGGAACACCAGCAAAAUUUUUGAGACUAAUUUUUAAGUGAUUUUAAUUCCAUUAAAAAUAUAAACUUGAUUUUAAUGCGAACAAGAAAAUAAUUUUUUUUCCAUUUUGAGGGUUUUCUUACCAUUUUAGAUUUACAAUUCAUGUAGCUCGUAAUUAGAUGUUCUCUGUACAGCACUGUUGUAUAUAAUAGCUAGUGUUGUACAAAGACCUCCUAGCAUGUGGAAAUUUUUUUUUUUUUUCAUUAUGUAAGGCCAUUUGUAAUUAUCUGAUGCAGCACUGGGCAAUUUCUCAGCUAUACCUUUUGAGGGAAGAGAGCUCCCUUCUGGGAUAACUUCUGUUAAACUUACUUGAAGCAUAAUUCAAAAUGAAUGCUAGCUGCAGUUCAGGUAAUUUCUGUCCUUUAGUGCCUAUAGAAGUUAUUCAGGCAAAGCUGUCAUUGCUGGGAUGCUCAAAUUUAAUUAGUCUGUUCUUUCUUUCACUUGUCACUUGAAACUUGCACUUUCUUAUUUACCUACCCAUAUAAUAGAGUUUUAUUUACCUUCAAAAUGAGCAAAUAUCUAGUGGGUGGGUAUUUUUAAUAAAGUCCCAAUAAAUGCAGGACUGAAAAUACCAUCAUCUUCUGUUGCUCUGCUGCUUCUGUUACUGACCAAACAGAAAACUAAAAUUAAAAAGCAAUCUGUUGAAUUCCAGAGCUUUGAAAGUAGAGAAAUGGAAGAAGAUUAUUAUACUGUGUGUGCCUGAGUCUUGAAAGAAAUGUAAUCUGGGCUUGUUUUGCUCCCAGUUUAUGUGCUGGGAUUCCUAGAAGUUUACAGUCUUGUUUUGGAGGCUAAUUAUCUUUAAUCAGGAAGACUGAAGAAAAGAGAGGAGUGCACACUUAAAGUAGUGGUGUUUGGGUUUUAAGGGUAAAAUAACAAGGCAGGCAAACUUUGAACGUAUUGAAGUACUAUUUCAGCAGCAAGGUCUGGUUAACCUACUUGGGCUGCUGUAGAACAUUUUAAUUGAUCCUCUUUAUUUUUAUAAAAAGAAAUCCCUAGAAAAUAAAGGUCGACUGCUUUUAAAAAAUGUUUGAAACUUUCCCUAUGCUGGUUUAUAAGCCCAAUUAUUGACUGGUUGGAAGCUGUAGCAAGAGUGAGAUAUAUAUUUUUAUGGUUUUAUGCUAUAGAAUGGGAUUGUUACACAGCAUUUAUUCACCUUCUGUUAAUAUGGGAGGCUUCUAGUGCUGUGACACAAUUGAGCUGUAACGUUACUGGGGCUUUUAAGGAAACAAGGAUAUGGGUGGGGAGGGAGGAAACUUGGGUCCAGGUAAAGUUCAGACCUCUAAUGUGCUUCAAAACAUGGAACGUGUUGGGUUUUUCCUUUGGGUUGUGGGGUUUUUUUUGUUUUGGGGUUGGUUUGGUUUUUUUGUCUGUUCCCUGUUGUCUUGUUUCUGAUUGCUUUGAAAUAACAUUUCUUAGCUUUCUUUUUAACAGCUACAGCAGAGAGAGCAGAGCAAAGAAAACACUCAGUUCUCUUUCUUUUGUUCACAAUAACUGGAGCAGUUAUAAAAUGAUGUUGCAGUUGCCUAGCUUGUCCCAGAUGUUUGUUUGUGGAAACCCAAAUAUACAGCAUUAUUCUGUUUUGGUUUAGUAUUUGUAUGAUGACAGAGAUGUAAGCCAAUUGAGACAAAACAUCUCUUCCCCCACUCCAGCAUACAGAUGUCAGUCCUGCUUGUGCACUUUUUCUUUUUUCCUUUCCCACCUCUGUUCCUGUUUACAGCACUCAUGGAACAGCCUUGUUCCUUGCAGCUGCUGCUUGUACACUGGGUGUGAUGACUGUGCAAAAGCUAGGUAUUUGCCACUCUGAGCUGCUUCUGUCCCAGAUAAUGGAAAGAAAAAAGUAUAGAGGAUGCAUUUUUGGGGGUCUUGCAUCCAUCCCUAGCUGAAGGAUAUGUACACUUGCCUUUUCAUAAAGCGAACCCACUCCAGUGGGGAUUUUUUUUGUAUCAUCAUGGAAAGACAUUGUACAUAUUGCUCGCAGAAUGAUGACUAGAGCAGCUUGAGAAGAAUUGGAAGGCUUUUGCUGUGUACUGUCUCUUAGUAGUAAGUUUUGCAGAACCAGGCAGCUCUUUGCUAAAUUUGCUGAUUAUGGGAGGUAAAGAUCACUUUCCAAAAAAAAAAAAAUCAGACUUUUCAUCAUGCUACAACUGGGCCAGCUAAGGCUUCUUUAAUGUAUGUUACAGCAUUUGCCUGGCUGGCCUUGUGGCUGCAUACAUCUGAGUUCUGAUGCUUGCUGGAUAUUAUUUUCUGCAAGCAGUCCUCAUUUAUUGUAUUUGAUUUGAGGUGGGCCUUUUGUAUAUUAUGUUCCAGGUGCUCUUCUAGAAUAUGGAUGGUAACUGUGGAUUAAAAGUCUAUAUGAUGCUAUCAAGUUAACAAAUAGCUCAUUGAGAAUUUGUACACUUGUGCCAUUAGCUUCCAUCAUGCUUUUGGCAUUUUGUUUCUGUUCAAUAUUGUGUGAAUCUAAAAUUUUACUGUUUCUUUUGUGUGUGUUUUUAAUUUAUGGAAAUAAAUUUUUCUGAGAACCUUUCA